UAAAGAUAGAUGAUGGACUUCUGGGACCAAGGCUAUUUCAGAGUUGCCAAGAUAAGCACAUGUUUGUUUGGACAAUGGCCCUAUCAAUCAUCUAAAGAGAUAAUUUUUUCACGUUUAAUAAUACUUUCUCUAGUCAUUAUUCAUCUGAUACCGAGGAUCAGGGCUCUAGUGCUGUACGGUGAUGACCCUGACGUUGUUCUCAGUGCUAGCUGUCCUCUAAUCAUUGAUGUAGUAUUUGUCAUCAAAACUCUCAACAAUUCCUAUAAUUUCAGAAGGAUGAAAAAUCUAUUGAACAGAAUUUACGAGAAUUGGAGAUUAUUUUCAACGAAUGAAUUGCAAAUACUCCAUCAGUACUCCACAGCCGGACAGAAAUUAACAACGGUAUAUCUAGUAGUGGUACUGGGCAGUGCUGGUUUAUUCAUAACUCAACCAUUGCAACUCCAACUUGUGCACAUAAUCAUAAAAACAAACGAAACAAUGAGACUAUUUCCGGUGCCUGUGGACUAUGGUUCAAUAAAUGUGGACAAAUAUUAUUGGAGUCUCACACUACUAACUGAAUUUACAACAGUACUCAUUGCGCUUGGAAUUGUCAGUUGUGAUGCGUUAUUACUCAUGUACUCGUAUCACACCUUUGGAUUAUUCGCAAUACUGGGAUACACUAUUGAACAGCUACUGACCGAUGAUGGUAAUGGAUUGAGUGAUGAGAUGCAUGUCAAGAAGUGCAUUAAACUGCAUUGCCGGAUCAUAGAAUUUGCCAAAGAACUUGAGGACCUCUACCGAUGGACAUUUUUCGCUGUUGUAGGCUUUAAUAUGAUUUUAAUCAGUAUAAUGGCGGUAGAGGUCGUAGUCAAUGUGGGAUCUGUUGCAAAAAUGAUCCAGUAUGGUUCACUAACUGUUUCACCAUUUGGACAUCUUUAUCUGGAAUGCCUGAUCGGACAGCGUCUGAUAGAUGAUAGUCUUGGCAUACAAUCGUAUAUAUCAAAUGCACAGUGGUACGCCACCUCAAUAAAAGCCCAAAAGAUGAUAGGCAUGUUCCUAAUGAGGAGUCAAUUCCCGUGUCAGCUGACGGCUGGGAAAUUGCUGGUCAUGAAUUUCGAGACCUUUAACGCGAUUGUACGAACUUCAGCUUCAUACUUCACAGUUCUCCUAGCUACGCAAUAGAGAUAAGUCUAGGAGCUUGUGUUUUACCCCAGGCUAUUUUUCGGUCAACUAUAUAUUUUGUUAAGGCAUAAAUUGCAUGGAAAACGGAAUUCUACAGGCCACCCUACACUUUUCCGAACCUUUAAGGCAGGAAAUGGAGGAAAUGAUUCUCAAUGCACAAAUUAACAAAUUCAGAAUCACCCGGGCUGGAACACAAGUGGGGUAUGAUCUCUCAUGUCAUAAUGAGUCUAGAAUAUUUUCAUAAUUGUCAUGACGUGUCUCCUUAUAGCUGAUAUCAGAACUGAUUGAUGUACUCUCCAAAGACACAGGGAGAGAACUCAAAGCACAAAUAGUUUAUGUUUAUUUGACUUUCUAUCCUCGAUGGGAUAGGAAUAUUGAAAUGUAAAAAUUAAAAAUACGUCUGUCCGAGUAAACUGUAAUAUGAUACAACGGAAAUGAUGAUCAUUUAUUCACACCUUUGGUCCCACUUCAAGGCGAAUGCAUGGUGAAAAUAGCGAACACGUUUUGUACGAAAAAUUCAAUGCAUCACUAUUAGAAUGGCCAUCAUUUUUUUAAGAAAUUCUCUGAAAAUGUUGCUAUUCCCUUAUAAAGAAAAACGCAUCUAGUCACAUCAUCGUGACGGGGUGAACUUGAA